AUGCGUCAUGCCCUAGGGCGCCUACACCGCGCGGCUUUUACCCUGAGAUCCUCAAGAAACCCCAUCCUGACCUUUGCGGCCUGUGCCACUGCAGAAUUACUGCUUGGGCACCGGCGGCUCACCAUGCGGGCGGUCUCUGAAAGCGGCGCCCUGCCACGCUUGUACCACGACGUGAAUGUGCACCGUCCACGGGAGUAUUGGGACUACGAGAACCUCUCAGUGAACUGGGGGUGCCAAGAUGAUUACGAGGUGCUGCGCAAGGUGGGCAGAGGCAAGUACAGCGAGGUCUUUGAGGGCAUCCACAUGGCCUCCCAAGAGAAGUGCGUCAUCAAGAUUCUGAAGCCCGUCAUGAAAAAGAAGAUCAAGCGAGAGAUCAGGAUCCUGCAGAACCUCUACGGCGGGCCCAACAUCGUGAAGCUGCUGGACGUGGUAAGGGAUCCGCAGUCCAAGACCCCCAGCCUCAUUUUCGAGUACAUCAACAACACGGAUUUCAAGCAGUUGUAUCCCACCCUCACGGACCAUGACAUCCGGUAUUACAUUUUCGAGAUCCUGCGGGCGCUGGACUAUUGCCACUCCCAGGGAAUCAUGCAUCGGGAUGUGAAGCCGCACAAUGUCAUGAUCGACCAUGAGAAUCGGCAGCUGCGACUCAUCGACUGGGGUCUGGCGGAGUUCUACCAUCCCGGGCACGAGUACAAUGUGCGGGUGGCGUCAAGGUACUACAAGGGCCCCGAGCUGCUCGUGGACCUGCAGCGGUACGACUACUCCCUGGACAUCUGGAGCUUGGGCUGCAUGCUUGCCGGCAUGGUCUUUAAGAAGGAGCCCUUCUUCCAUGGCCAGGACAACUAUGACCAGUUGGUGAAGAUCGCGCGAGUGCUUGGCACCGAUGGCCUGUUUGCGUAUCUGGACAAGUACAACCAGGAGAGCUGGAUCCGCACUUCGACCAUAUCCUGGGCAGGCACUCCAGAAAGGCCUGGUCUAAAUUCGUGA